GGACGUUUCCCCAACUGUCAUCAAUACGACUAACUUCACGCGUAACUUUGAUACCAAACCAAACCAAAAACAAAAAACAAAAAUAUGCACAACAACACAACACAAUAUGCUAAUAUGCAUUGAAAUUGUACUGUACUGUAGCUGUAGCUGAUUAGCUAACUUUUCCUCGGCCCCCAGAAUUUAAUGUCCCAGUUUACUUUUUGGAUGUAAAAUUAUUUUAAUCAUUAAUCAAAUGGAAGUCAAACAAGAAAUUAGCAAGGAAAUCUGUAAAGUAGAAAUAGAGUAUAAUGAUUUGGAUGAUGCCCUUUUGGAUGGUUUUAAAUGUGAAAUUGAGGAGAAGUCUAAUAGUCAAAGUAAUACUAAUGACACUUAUGAUUCUGAAUUUGAAGACUUAAAGAAAUAUUCCAUAAAAACUGAAAUAGAACAACAUGGAAAUGAACUUAACCCAUUUGAAGAAAAUCAAAAAGUUGAUGCUGAAAAAGACCGCUCGCCUGACGCAUUAGAAAUUGGUAUCGUCAAAUUUUGCAGUACAGUUCAAAUAUUGGGAAAAGUUGUUUUUACAUCCUGGAAGAAUCAAAUUUUUCAUAAAUUGUAUGAUGUUUAUUCAAAUUUUGGCAUAACGUUACAAAAUGGGUAAUUUCAUUAUGCAUGUUCUCUUUGGUUUCAUCAACAUCGUUUUUAUGUUUCUCGCAUAAAGUAUUAAUUGAC